AUGGCCAGUGAUGUCACUUCUGCGCUCACUUUUAGAAUUCUUCUGCCAUUCUCCCUGAUUGCAGGAAGUACAAAGCAUCUGCUGAGAGCAAUCUGUUACACCAGUGCCCUCUUCCUCCUGAUACAAGUGGCUUCUCAGAUGGCUUUUCGUUUCAUGCCUCUUGAUGGUGCAGUUUGGGAAGUGGUACUUGGGGAUUUGGGGAUUCUAAGAUUCAGCCAGGUGGAUGCUGGGAAUAUUGUGCGUCUGUUGGGUCCAGAUAUUUGGAUGCUGGUCACAUCUCUUAUCAUCAUAAGGUGGAGCCAAAAGCUGGUGACACCCCUUGUUCCUGAGUCACCUUCACCCUUCCAUAGCAAAGAGGUGGAGGAAGAGACAGAGGAGGAGAGAGAGGCAGGAGAUGAAAUCAAUCUGGAUAUCGAUGACAGUAAUUCCGACGGUAGCACAUCCUCUGAGGAAAGUGUUUCUGAAGCAAGAACCAAAGGGAAGAUGACAGAAUUCUUAGGCAAAAUCACUGCCAUCACUGCCCACUUGAAAACAAUACUGGACGCCCUUGUAGCAAUAGCUGGGAAGGUCCUGGUGACCCUACUCCUGGGCUUGUCAGGGAUCAUCUACCCUUCACUGACAUCUGCUGUGUACUUUGUCACCUUCCUGGGCAUAUGCUCCUGGUGGUCCUGUCAUCGUGAAGUGGGCACCUUGGCCUUCAGCACCAUGUGUGUUUCCCUGGCCAUUUUCACUGCGGGCCACAUUGGGAGCCUCUAUCUGUAUCAGCUGCCUUACUUUCAAGACUUAGUCCCACCUGAAGACAUUUAUGCCAGGCUGCUGGGCAUGACUGCUGUCAUUAAGACUAAUAGGACAGAAUCCUGGAAACUCCACAUCCACCCAGAGCUCAGCUGGCCUGAGUUUGCAAAUCCUCUCAUUCUGCUUCUAUCCUAUUAUGUACUAAUCAUGGUAUUACAUCAAUGGAAUCCAAAUCCAAGGAUAAGUAAACAAGAAUGGAUAGAAGAGUUUACUCCAGAUUCUUCAACAGACUACAAUGAAGUGGAACUGAACUGUAUCCUGUGGCCCAUUGCCAGUGAGGACAGGGUCUGGAGCAUCACUCACAACAGCUGGCUGACUUUUGUCCUGUUGAUCUGGUCAUGCAUCAUUUGGAUGGCUCGUAACAGGCGACGCUUGGCCCUGCUCAGCUCACCCUUCCUCGUCAUCUAUGCAAACAUCCUCAUUCUUCUCAACUUCUUUGUGGCUCUUAAAGUUUCCCAGGAAGAAUUAUUUCCAGGAGUUUCCACUUCAAUCCUCAUUGACUUUGAUCUAAAGCCUUAUCCCCAGCCCUGCUUCCAUAUUGGUGUCAAGUAUAUGACAGAGAGACAGUCACUGGCAAGGGCAAAGGAGGAGGCUCUACAGGGAGCGACUGGUGAUGAAUGUGGUCAAGACAAACAAACGAAUGCUCUGAUGAAUCUCUUGGGCUCUUUCAUUACCGGAAUCCUGGUUAAAUACUGGAUCUUUCUUUGUGGUAGCAUGUUUUUUAUUGUCAGCUUUGAUGGCAAGGUGGUUGUCUACAAGAUCCUCUACAUUGUGCUUUUUCUUGCCUGUGUGGCCCUGUAUCAGAUUCACUAUGGCUGCUGGAGGCGAAACCUGAAGUAUUUCUGGAUGGCUGUGGUCUCUUACUCCAUGGUAGUUCUUAUCGCUGUCUAUGGCUACCAGUUUAAAACCAUUUCUGGUUUUUUAAUCCACACACUGGGGCUGUCAGAAGAGGGGUUAAGAGAUAUAGGGCUGGAGCAGUUUGAUACAGUGGAGCUGUUUGCAAAGAUUAUGCUUCCUGCGGCUUUUCUCCUGGCAUGCAUCCUUCAGCUGCAUUACUUUAAUGAAGACUUUCUCAAGAUCACCAGCCUGAAAUCCCUGCCCUCAAAGAGCUUAUAUAAAACUGAUGAAACUCAGAACUCCAUGAAUGAUCUAGACACCAUCACAGUGGAUGAAAAACAGAAUCAGGAGGAAAAUUUGCAGCCAGAGCAGAAAGGACCAGCAGAGAAAGAAACAAGAGGUUGCGACUGGAUGAUUGACAAGCUAACUACUGGUUUUCUGAAACUUCUAGAAAUAGUUAAUGGAACUCAAGUGUUACUAUGGAGACUCCUGGAAAUACACAUCAUUAAGGUUGUUUCCACUGUGAUCAUCUGGAUUACUCUUCAGGAGGUUUCCUUCAUGAAUUGUCUUUUCUACAUCGUCUGGGUGUUCGCAUUGCCAUAUUCCAAAUUGCGCCUGUACGCAUCACACAUCUGCACGCUUUGGGCUUGUGUGAUGGUCAUCUGCAAAAUGAUGUAUCAGCUGAAGUUUGUCAAACCUCUGACCUACUCUUCGAAUUGCACUGAGGUGAGAACCCUGGCAAAGAAUAGGGAGUUGCAGGAGUCUUCUCUCUUAUAUAUUUCCCCUAUUGAUCCAGCAUAUUGGUUUGGGGGACUAAGAAAGUGUGACGCCAAAGUGUUACCUUGCCUGAAGAAUCAUCUCACCAUCUUGGCACUAACGGCAGUUGAAGCCACCGUGUAUAGGCACCAGAAAUUCUACCGGCACCACAAUCAGCUGAAACAACCCCUGCUGGGCAGCAUUUUUGAUGGUGUUACUAGAAAGCACCUGGAUGACGGGUUACUGAGCUCGGUCAAAUAUUUCAUCAACUAUGGUUUCUAUAAGUUCGGGCUAGAGAUGUGCUUUGUUGCUGUUCUCAAUGUCACAGGACAGCGCAUGGAUUUUUAUUCUCUGGUCCACAUCUGCUCGUUAAUUUAUUUGCUGCGUCUUCGGAGGAGGAAAGCAAUUGCUGAGGCCUGGCCAAGAUACUGUGGGUUUCUUGCCAGUCUUAUGACUUUUCAGUACUUCCUGUGCGUUGGAAUCCCUCCAGCUUUUUGCAAAGAUUACCCAUGGAGAUCCAUGAGACCAGCAAUCCAUUCAAAUCUCAUUAAAUGGUUGUAUCUCCCAGAUUUUGCCAAGAAACCAGAUGCUCUUUUUUUGCUGUAUGAUUUUUUGCUUCUGCUCUUUGCUUCUCUCCAGUGGCAAGUAUUCGAAGAUGAGAAUAAGGCUUCUGUGAGAAUGCAGGUAGGAGAUAAUGUGGAGAUAAGCCGGGAUUUGCUUCCAGAAGACCUCAGUCAAUUCACUACAAUACCAAACUUUAUUUACUGCAGGUCCUACCUGGAUAUGGUGAAAGUCCUUGUGUUCAGCUACCACCUCUGGUUUGUACUCUGCCUGGUUUUUCUCGCAGGGACAACUCGAAUCAACAUCCUUUGUGCUGGCUACCUGGUAGCCUUUUUCUACUUCAUGCUCCAUGGAAGGGCCCUCCUAUUGAGACCCGUGAAAAUUAUUCUCCAUCGAUGGGACUACCUGAUUACAUAUACUGCUCUAGUGAUUGCCAUGAAGAACCUUCUAAGUAUUGGAGCUUGUGCCUACCUGGAGACAUUACUGAGUUCUCAUUGCUGGUUUGUUCACAGUUUUAGCAUCUACUGCACAGUAGGAGGCUAUAGCUUGUCCGUUCCUGAUGAUGAAGGGUGUGAACCUCCAGAAAAGGAUGCUGGGAUCCUGUGGGAUGCUAUAUGUUUCACCUUCCUGCUAAUCCAGAGGAGGAUCUUUACAAGUUACUAUCAUCUUUAUGUUGUGGCUGAUCUAAAAGCCACUGAGAUCUUAGCAUCCAGAGGAGCUGAGAUGUUUGACCUGAAGUUAAAAAAGUUUUUAGUGCUUCGAGAAGAAGAAGAGGAAAAGUCAAAAGUGUUCAUGAUGAAACAGAAAUUCUCAGAGAUGGGUGAUGACUAUGCAAGUGAUGAUGAGGAAAGCCUGGGUGAGGAAGAUGAAGGUGAGCCAGUCUCAGGACUUGUCUGUCAAGUAGCCAGCCCACCCUACAGCAGCUCAGUGCAAGCUGGACAAAGAAGCUCCUUAUCAGAAGCCAAAGACUUGGUUACUGCCUCAGUGGGACAGAUGAAGAAAAGAGUCACGAGAUCGAUAAGAAAAACUCCCUUCCCAUUGUUGACAGCUGGAGAUCUACUCCUUAAAAAGGUGUUUUAUGACCAUGAGCUGGAGGAGGCAGAUAAAUUCUACAGGAGCCUCCCCCAAGUGGCGAAGCUCACUUUGGAGCUGUACAAGCUGAUUGAGUCCAAGUCCGAAAUGCUCUGUUACUUCGUGAUCAUUCUCAACCACACGAUUUCAGCUUCCAUUCUGACACUGGUGCUCCCCAUUCUGUGCUUCUUGUGGGCUAUGCUUUCUGUUCCAAGGCCUCCUAAACGUUUCUGGAUGGCUGCUAUCUUUUACACAGAGGCAACAGUAGUGGUCAAAUAUUUUUCACAGUUUGGAUUCUUUCCCUGGACCACAAAGCUCUAUGCAGGCAUACAUGGAGAGAAGCCAUUUUCUCUGCCAAAUAUAGCUGGGAUUGAAAAGAAGAGUGGCUAUGUCCACUAUGACCUUGCGCAACUGUUGGCUUUGUUCUAUCAUAGGUCAGUCUUGAAGAUCCAUUGGCCCAUCAGACAGUUCUUCUACAACAUCAUCCACCCAGAAUUCAGCCCCGUGUGUGAUGUCUAUGCCUUCAUGUUCCUGGUGGAGGGCAUCAACUUUCUUAUCAUCAUCUUUGGAUACUGGGCCUUUGGAAAAUACUCAGCUGCUGACUUUUCUGAGACACUUUCUGAGGACCAGGUGCCAGAAACUUUCUUGGCAAUGAUCCUUAUCCAGUUCGGCAGCAUGGUUGUGGACCGUGCCAUCUACCUGAGAAAGAACAUGUAUGGCAAGUGUGUAUUUCAGGUUGUCCUUGUCAUCGGAGUUCACUUCUGGCUGUUUUUCAUUCUUCCUGAAGUAACCAAGAGGAGGUUCAGUGCAAACUACGUGGCUCAGAUUUGGUACCUGGUCAAAUGUAUUUACUUUGGCUUGUCAGCCUAUCAGAUCAAAUGUGGCUACCCAAAUCGUAUCCUGGGCAAUUUUCUGACCAAAAACUUCAAUUUUAUUAACCUCUUCCUAUUUCAAGGUUUUCGAAUUGUGCCUUUCCUUUUGGAGCUGAGAGCAGUUAUGGACUGGAUAUGGACUGACACUGUCCUCAGCCUGUCUAGUUGGAUCUGCCUGGAGGACCUGUAUGCCAGUAUUUUCAUCAUGAAAUGCUGGAGGGAAUCUGAGAAGAAAUACCCCCAUCUACCAGGGCAGCGGAAGAAGAAGAUCGUGAAGUAUGGACAGGGCGGUGUCAUUACUUUGGCACUAGUUUUCCUCAUGUGGUUCCCACUGGUUUUCAUGUCUCUGCUGAAGUCAGUAGGGGGAGUGACCAACCAGCCCCUAGAUGUCUCCAUCAAAAUUUCCAUCAGUGGUUAUGAGACUCUUUUUACCAUGAGUUCUCAGCAGCAAAAUCUUGUCCCCUUCUCUCAGGAAGCAUUUGACAACCUGACAGCUCAGUAUGCUUUCCAUCCGGCUGCCAUGCAGUUCAUAUCAAACUAUCAUGCCGAGGACAUCAUUGUGGCAAAGAUCAAAAGUCAUGCCAGCCUGCUCUGGAACAUCAGCCCUGCCAACCGGGCAGCCAUGAUCACCGAGCUCUCCACAGCCACAGCUCUCUAUGUCACCUUGUUGUGGACCGUUCAGAGAACUCUUCCUGGUUUGAUUCCCAAAGCUCUGAGGACAACAGCUGGAACAGAAGCUAAGAUUGCUCACCGGUUGGAAGUUGUCCAUUCUGAAAAACCCCAGGACAUUGACAAGCUGGCUUUCUACCGAAAUAUCACUAUCCAACUGCAGCAACUGGAAGCUAAUGCCUCAUCCUCAGGCUCUGGGACCACUGAGUGGUGGGUAAUCCAAGAGUGGAGACCCAGCUGUGCAAAGAACCAAGGCUGUAGUCGGGACCUCGAGAUUAUUAUCUACAAUGACAAAGUCAGCCCCCAGAGCCUGGGCUUCCUUGCAGGAUAUGGUAUUGUUGGGCUGUAUGUGUCUGUUGUCAUGGUUGUUGCAAAGUUUAUCCGGGAACACUUUAAUGGCAUCUCCCGAUCCAUCAUGUAUGAGGAACUCCCCAAUGUGGACCGCAUCCUCAAGCUUUGCACAGACAUCUUCCUGGUCAGGGAAAUGGGUGACCAUGAGCUGGAGGAGCAGCUCUUCUCCAAGCUCAUCUUUUUGUAUCGCUCCCCCGAGACUAUGAUCAAGUGGACUCGAGAGGCCCAGUCCCCUCCCCAGCAGCUGGUGGAUCAGUGA